GAAGCAGACUGAACAAAGAUCUGCGGCAUUAUCUCAACCAGAGGUUUCAGAAGGGGUCUCCGGAUCACGACCUGCAGCAGACCAUUCGAGAUAACCUUUAUCGCCAUGCUGUGCCUUGCACAACCCGCCCUCCAAGAGAAGGAGAAGUGCCUGGUGUGGACUAUAACUUUCUGACUGUGGAGGAGUUUCUGGAGUUGGAGAGAAGUGGGACCCUUCUGGAAGUAGGAACUUAUGAAGGUAACUAUUAUGGAACGCCCAAGCCUCCCAGCCAGCCCCUCAGUGGGAAAGUGACUUCCACCGAUGCUUUGCAAAACCUGCAGUCUGGCUCCAAGCAGUCGACUCCAAAGCGAACCAAGUCUUACAAUGAUAUGCAAAAUGCUGGCAUAGUGCAUACAGAGAAUGAGGAAGAGGAUGAUGUACCUGAAAUGAGCAGUAGCUUCACAGCAGAGUCUGGUGACCAAGAGGAGCACAAGGCGCAUAUCGUGAGAGAGGCAGCCCCACCGUCCGCCGCUGAGAGCCACACCCACGUCCCCACCACGGAACCAUCUCAGAGCCUCCCUCAAUACCUACCUCCUUCUGCCGAGGAUAACCUAGGGCCUCUGCCGGAAAACUGGGAGAUGGCCUACACCGAGAACGGAGAAGUCUAUUUUAUAGACCAUAAUACAAAAACAACAUCUUGGCUAGAUCCACGGUGCCUGAACAAACAGCAGAAGCCUCUAGAAGAAUGUGAAGAUGAUGAAGAAGGGGUACACACGGAGGAACUGGACAGUGAACUAGAGUUGCCUGCUGGUUGGGAGAAAAUUGAGGAUCCCGUAUAUGGUGUCUACUAUGUAGACCACAUCAACCGGAAGACACAGUAUGAAAAYCCAGUUCUUGAAGCAAAGAGGAAGAAGCAGCUCGAACAACAGCAGCAGCCUCCAGAAGAAUGGACAGAGGAGUGUCCAUCUCUCCCUCCACCCGCUGCUCCAAACCAUGUUUCAAACAACCAAGAGGCAGCUCGGGAAGCACCAGUGCAAGGAAAACCCUUUUUUACACGAAACCCUUCUGAGUUGAAAGGGAAGUUCAUCCACACCAAGCUAAGGAAAAGCAGCAGGGGGUUUGGUUUCACCGUCGUUGGAGGGGAUGAGCCAGAUGAGUUCCUCCARAUCAAAAGUUUGGUGCUUGACGGCCCUGCAGCGCUGGAUGGCAAAAUGGAAACAGGGGACGUCAUAGUCAGCGUGAACGACACCUGUGUGCUGGGGCACACUCACGCCCAGGUGGUGAAAAUCUUCCAGUCCAUCCCCAUCGGUGCCAGCGUGGACCUCGAACUGUGCCGGGGCUACCCCCUGCCCUUCGACCCCGAYGACCCCAACACGAGCCUGGUCACUUCCGUGGCCAUUUUGGACAAAGAGCCCAUCAUCGUGAACGGGCAGGAGAACUACGACUCCCCGGCGAGCCACAGCAGCAAAACGGGGAAGGUGAACGGCCCCAAGGAGGCGCGGCCCAGCAGCCCCACCGAGGUCUCCUCCAACGGCCCCCACGGCUACCCCAACGACACCGUGUCCUUGGCAUCGUCCAUCGCCACGCAGCCUGAACUCAUAACUGUGCACAUAGUCAAAGGGCCCAUGGGCUUUGGGUUUACUAUAGCAGACAGCCCCGGUGGGGGCGGCCAAAGAGUGAAACAAAUUGUGGACAGCCCACGGUGCCGCGGCCUGAAGGAGGGAGACCUCAUAGUGGAAGUCAACAAGAAGAAUGUGCAGAGCCUCACUCACAACCAGGUGGUGGAUAUGCUGAUUGAAUGUCCUAAGGGAAGCGAAGUCACGUUGCUGGUGCAGCGAGGAGGUAAGGCUUCAAAACUGCUUGAAAACAUCUCUUCUUGGAAUUAA